AUGCCGUGCCGGGCGCUGCCCUUCCGUGCCGUGCCGUGCCGUGCGGAGCCCGGCCAGCGCCGGGAGCCGCCCCGCCCGCGCUGUGCCCGCGGCCCCGGCUCUGCCGCGCUCGUCCCCGCCAAGUCCGGCCCGCGCCGGGGCCGCGCUGGGCGCGAGCGCAGCGCCCCCCUCCGGCCGCGCGCCGCCGGCGCAGCCGCGGCCGUUGCGCCGCGGGCGUUGCGGCCACAGGCGGCGAUCGGAGCCAUGGCGGAGCUGCCGCUGCCCGCCGGGCUCAGCGCCAGCGCCUUCCCCGCCAAGCUGUGGCGCCUGGUGAACAGCCCCCGCGUCCGCUCCGUGCGCUGGGACAGCCGCGCCCAGGGGCUGCUCGUCGACCGCUCCCUCUUCGAGCGGGAGCUGCUCAGCCCGGGCGACGCCCACGGGGGCGGCGAAGGGGUGGGGCCGACGCCGGACUCCUUCCAAGCCACGCACUUCGGUAGUUUCGUGCGGCAGCUCAACCUCUACGGCUUCCACAAGGUGCCGAGCCGGGUUGGCUCAUCUGAGCCCGGCGAUGCCGGGGGCUGGCUCCACUUCAGGAACCCCAACUUUCGCCGCGACCGCCCCGACCUCCUGCUCCAUAUCAAGCGCCUGACCAGGGCCAACAGGCAGCGGCUGGCAGCGGGGCUGGAGGUGCGCAGCCGCCAGCCCAGCCGCUUCCAGCAGCUCCGCACGGAGCGGCCGCUGGCGUCCUUCCCUGCCGGGCAGCCGCCCAGAGCCGUGCUCUCAUACCAGGACCUCACUGCUGCCUCACCUGAGGGUUUACAGCUGCCUCCAGGCCCUUCCAGGCUAAGCGCAGGUGCUCAGGAGUCUGACCUUUUCCUGACAUCUCCCAAGAAAGUCUUUGCCUCAUCUGGAUUUCUUGGGGUUUCAUCAGAGGAACCAGGCACCAGCAAAUUUCAUCUCAAGCGUGAGCUCAUCAUUCCGCUGGUUCCCAUAGACUGCAGAUGCCGCCCUGAGCUCACGGUUUCUCUGCGUCCCAUAGACCAUCACAGCCCUUCCAUGGCCUCUCCAGAGGGAAGCAGCUGCACAUCUUCAGAGCAGUAUUUGCCAGCCUGCAGUUCAUCAGCCACCCCAGGCACUUCAGGCCCCAGCACUCCAGCUGGCAGUGCUGGUUUUGCACCAUGGACAGCCCCCAGCUGGCUGUGGAAUACUCCUGGGGAAGAGGAAUUGCCACCACCAGAUCUGGACAUGGUGCUUGAGACGCUGGAGGAGAUGUUUUCUCCCUCUGCUCAGGGGAAUAUUAAUGUUGCCCCAGAGUCUUCAGGAGGGCAGCCUGUGGACAGAGCAGAAGCAGAAGGAGCUUUGCCUGGCACCAGGAGGUGCGGGAACAAUUCCCAGGAGCCCGAAGAGCUUGAUUUCCACCUAAUCUACCUUGCCAGGAGGGCUGCCCUGCGUGAGAAAAAGGAUCGGAGGGAGAGCCUGUGACCAUCGGGCAGGUGGAAUCCCUCCAUUUAUACAUAGAUUUAUAGAUUUCCAUAGUUCUAUUUAUAUAUCCUUGUAGUUACAUUUAUUGAUUUAUACAAUCCUAUUUAUAUAUCCACAUAGUUAUAUUUGUAGGUUUAUAGAGAACAUAUAUAUAUAUAUAUACAUCUAUACAGUUAAAUCUAUAUAUAGUUUUUGAUGUGAUAGAGUUAUAUUUAUGUGCAUGUAGUUACAUUUAUAGAUUUUAAAAUUUACAUUUAUAUACAUAGAGAGUAAUAAUAUAUUUUUAAUAUUUUUAUAUUUAUAAAUCUGCAUCGAUAUGUAGUUAGAGUUAUAUGGAUUUUUAGAUGGAUAGAUUGAUGUUAGUGUAGGUCUAGGCAGUAUUUUUGCCUCUUUCCCCCUCGGCUGCCUUUUUCACCUCUGGCUUUUCCCCCUGUGCCCCCUGUGUCCCCUCUCCCUGGGCUGGGUCCGAGCUGGCGGCCGGGCCGGGCGCAGCAGCAGUUCCAGCCCCGGAUGUCCCUGGAGCGCUGGGAGCUGCCGGUGGCCCCAGGCACUGUCCCCUGAGGAGCUGCU